GCCUCACGCAGCCGGUUGCGGCGUCGCCGCCUUCCGCCUCCCCGCCGCCAGUGGCGGCGCGCUGGCCGCAGCGCACAUCAACGGGCUGCAGCCAGGGCGGCGUCCUGGGCAGCGCCGGGGCGGGCGGGGCGGGCGCCUCUGCGGGCCUGCUGGCCGCGGGAACGGCGGCCGCCGCGCUGGCCGCGUCGCAGCUGCGGGGGCGCCGCCGAGCCGCCGCUGCGGCGUUCUGCCGGGGUGCUGCCGGGCGUGGAGCGCUCGUCGCGUGCAGGGCCGAGGAGGGCCCCUCGUCAUUUGCCCUGGGCCAGCUGGCGGACACGCUGCGCGCGGCCGUGGAGUCGGAGGCGCGCGGCGACUCCGUGGAGGACCUGCAGCGGGUCGAGGCGAAGGCGCGAGAGGUCGUGACCACCAUGAGCGGCUUCUCUGGUUUCGGCACUGUGGAGCAGGCCGAGAAGAAGGCGUGGAACGUCAUCGAUCUCAAGGAAGCAGGCAUCGAGUUCCAGUCCCUGCUGGAGCUCGACGACAGCGCCGCCGCCGCCCGCCGCGGCGUGCUGACCGCCGUCGUCCUCGGGGGCCUGGUGCUGAUAUUGCUGCUGAACCCCCCCGCGCUCGCGGUGAACCUGCUCGGCGGCGGUAUCAUCGCGGGCGCCCUCGUCGACAACUUGGUGAACAGUGGGGCUUUCCAGUCGCUGGUUGCGGAGUCGAUCGCCUCCAGCAUCAAUGCCGAGUACGGCAACAGGGUCGUCCAGCACGAGGCCGCGCGGUUCCUGGUCGGAUACCUCAUCGGUGUGUUGCCCAAGGCUUACUCGCUCAGCACGACGGAAGCGCUGGACAAUUAUGAGAGCACGCGGAUCAAGCCUGGAUGCGCCUUCUGCGCGGCCGAGUUCGACCUCGAGCUGAAGGCUGGGAAGGUGACCAGCAAGACAAUCGACCAGUUCCUGUGUAUCAACCUCGCAGGGAUUGUGCAGGAGUACACCAUGUUCGGGAAGGCGCAGAGCGGCGCGCCGAACCUGACAUCGGUGGAGGACCUGCUGCGAGCGGUCGGCCUCAGCCCCCAGGCGCAGCAGGAGAUCACCAGGUGGGCCGUGUACAACGUCGCGGGGCUCCUCAAACGCCACAAGGACAUCCACGCGGAGCUCGCUGCGGCCAUGUCCAAGGGCGCUCCCGCAGAGGAGUGCAUCGCGCUGAUUGAGCGGCGACUCCCGCUGGCGGACGCCGCGGCCGCCGCGUGA